GAUUUUUUCUUGGACCCGCCGCCCCUCCCCAUACCCUGCCCCGCUCCCCGGCCCCCAGCGGCGGCGAUGGCGGCGCCGCGGCGCUGGGGGGCCCACGGGCGGCGCGGGGCGCGCUGGGGGGCGGCCGCGGCGGUCCUCGCCGCUGCGGGCAUCCUGGCGGCACCUGCCUUUGUCUGGCCCGCGGGCGAGCGCGCCGGCGCCCGGUCGGCCGCCGCGGCGCGAGGGAGCGCAGGCCGCGAGGCCGGCGCCCCCGCGCCCGGGCCCUGGGCGCCCGCGGCGGCGGCCGAGGAGGCCGGCGCAGGCGGGCCCCUGCAGUGGUGGACGGCGGCGGCUCUCGCCCUGGGGCUCGUGCUGGCCGCCGCGGCGCCCCAGCCUGCCCACGGACAGGUGUGGAAGCGGAUGAUGGAGGAGCAGAAGGCAAAGAGAGAAGCGAAACUAGCUGAAGCGCCUUCGGCCUCGACACCUUCGGGGACUCCCGCACCGGCGUCCGCGUCCUCGAGCAGCUCCAGUUUCUUCAAGGAGCAGAUCUACGCCGAAUCGCGCGCGAAGGUGCUGGAGGACGCCGCGGCGCUGAAGCGCAAGGAGGCCUUCGCGAAGAGCGAGGAGGCGCAGCAGAAGGGCAAGGCCGAGCGCCUGAUGCGCCAGCUCGACAUGCAGCGCAAGGAGCAGGAGCGCCUGCGGAACUUGGAGCUCGACUCGCAGAGCAAGAAGGGCCAGGCGGUCCUCAAGAAGCUCGAGAGCAGCGCGAAGCGGUCCCAGGACGAGGCGGCAUCGCCGGACGCGGAGAGCAAGCCGAAAGCCUGGGCCGUGUUCUCAAACUUCUUCACGAAGCAGGAGGAGAAGAAGAAGGCCGAGGAGGCCGCCACGGUCGCGAAGGAGGCGAAACGGCAGAAGGUGCUGCAGGAGCUGGAGGAGAGAAAGGCGCAGGCCGAGAAGUCGGCGGCCCAGGCCGAGGAGGCGGCGGCCAAGCUCGAGGCUCUCGCCGCGGCCGCCCGGGAGGAGGCGGCCAAGGCCGAGGAGGCUGCGAAGAGGGCGGUCUCCGCCACCCAGACGCAGGAGGCCGCCGCGAAGCUCGCCCGGGAGGAGGCGCUGAAGGCCCGCGAGGCGGCGCAGCGUGCGCUGGCCCUGCAGGCGCCGUAGAGCUGGUGGGGCGGCGCGCCCAGCGAUCGCGGCGCCCCGCGCACGUCGGGCCGGUGGGAGGAGGAAUCGGCGCCGAGGAGGGGUCGGCGGAUUCGAUCCUGGGCUCUCCUGAGUUGCUGUCCGUGCCCGCUUCGGGCGCGGCCCCUCGGCGCCGCGCGGCGUCUCUCCGGCCUGGACGCGCCGCGGGCGCCCCCGACCGCUGGGUCGGCAUCUCCCUGCAACAAGCAUGGCGCACGGUGCUUUUUGUUCCAUCGCGUGUUUUUUGAACCGCGCCCCGCGCCCCUGCUGGGUGCUAGGUUGGUUUUAUCGGGUAAAGAGUGCACCCAGGCGCCUGCGAUAUGUAUAGGCGGCGCAGAUCGAUGGAGCCCGCCGCGGCGAGCGCUGGGGUGCUGAAAGGCCGUGGGUGACGCCCUCGGUGAUCAGAAAUGUCGGGCGCUCGCUUUCUUCCUCCUUCCGUUCCUCC